AUGGCUCACACUACAGAACAGUAUACAUACGCUGCUAAUCAGACAGCAGCCUUUCGAAUUUCUUUUACUCUCAUCUUCAUAAAUCUAGGAGUUGUGACAAUUUCUUUUUCCAGAUAUUCCCGAGCACGUGAAGUGGAUGCUAUGUUUGUUAGUACUGUAGCUGUGUGGUUAACGGAAGUCAUCAAAUGUGUAAUUUGCCUGUUUUUAGUAGCACAAGAAGAAACACCGAGAAGGUUUAUCCAUGCUCUCAAAACUCAAAUCAUUGAACAACCGUAUGAUACGAUGAAGGUGUGCAUACCAGCCAUGAUUUAUAUAGUUCAGAAUAAUCUGUUCUAUGUGGCUGCUUCUCAUUUGGAUGCAGCAACUUUCAUGAUUACAUCGCAACUGAAGAUUUUCACCGCUGCAAUAUUCACGGUUAUCAUUCUGCGGAGAUCUCUUAAUAGGACACAAUGGUUUGCCCUCGCAGUUUUGUUCGCUGGAGUGUCACUUGUUCAGUUGCAAGGAACGAAAUCCAAGGAAAUUACCGGAGAAUCUCCUUUCAUUGGAUUUGUUGCAGUUGUAGUAGCAUGUUGUUUAUCAGGAUUCGCUGGAAUUUACUUCGAGAAGAUUCUGAAAGGAUCUGCUCCAGUAUCGCUUUGGAUGAGAAAUGUUCAGAUGGCUGUCUUCGCAAUUCCAUCUUCUUUCAUAGCUAUUUAUAUGCAAGAUGCCAAAACAGUAAACGAAUACGGUCUUCUGUAUGGAUUUGAUUCGAUUGUCUGGCUAACUGUACUUUGGUACGGUAUCGGAGGUCUCUCCGUCGCAGUUUGCAUCAAGUACGCUGACAACAUUGCCAAGAAUUUUGCCACCUCAGUUGCCAUUGUUCUCUCCACAAUUGGAUCAAUGUUCCUUUUCGAUUUCAUCCCAUCCUUAACCUUUUUGCUUGGCGCUGCACUUGUCAUCUUCUCCAUCUUCCUCUAUUCAUCUCAUCAAGCAAUGGUGGCAGCUCUCGGUCGAUUACGAGGAGAGAUUCCUUCCACGAAGGAGGCAUUCUGUUUAUAG